CCCCGGGUGUGCCUGGCGUGUGUGGGGUGGAGCUCGCCCUUGCACCAGCCUGACACCGCAAUCGCACAGACAAGGGCAUGUGGCGGCUUGACGCGGGGAUCCGGAGGAGACGGUUACUUGAGAGGAUGAGGCCUUAUGGCAUGGCGUAAGUAACACUAAGCAUUACUUUACCUGUGGUCACUUUGCAUGCAGUUCCCAUAUACUCCAUCUUCUCUCUUGCAAUGUCGUCGACAUCAUCCUCUUCAUCCUCACCAUCACCACCACCGAGGCGACCUGGUAGACCCACCAUAUAUUCCCCGUCAGAAAAAAAAAGGAGGAGAAAGAGUUUAGAGAGAAAAAGGGCUCAAUCAAGGAUAUGUAUAAGAGAACAAAUAGGAAGAUGGAUGUCGCUUAGGGAAACGCUUAAUGUCUUCUCACAUGCUGAAGUUGCCAAGUUUUUGCUAGACUUAUAUGACAAUUAUGAAAACCGAGAUGUGUGCAAGGAAUCGGAAGUGAAAAUACAGGCAGUGGAUGGAAACUCUACAUUAAAUGCAGAAGAGGAUGUGCCAGAGACCUCUUUAACAGCAGGCACUGAAAGAUUGCCAUGUGAAGAUUUAGAGGAUGAAUCAACAGACAGUUCAGGGGAGGAGUGUACUAUAGAUAAUGAAUAUGACCUUUCUAAAAGUUUUUCUUCAGUUAAACACUUGAAAAAUGUGUCUAUAGCAGAGGAUAUAUUGGGUAUUACAGAUGAAUGUGAUGAUGGGUCUCAAGGUGACUUUAUAGAAAUCUUUGAGGAGACAACUCAUGAUAUGACUUUGGAUGACACCCAGGAUAUUUCUCAUGAAAAAAUUCACAUUGUUUAUGAACGAUCCCUUCUUCAACUAGCCAAAAAAAUUGUUGUACCAAAAUGUAUGUUUUGUGCUGGUGAAGUUGAUCUUUCUGUACAGCCUGUUUCCUCCUGUGUGCAUUUGAUAUGGAAAUGUAGUGCAGGACAUAUAGCAUUUGAAUGGUCUUCUCAACCCUUGGUAAAAGGACAGACACAUGCAGGAGACCUUGCUUUAUCUGCUGCAAUCAUACUGUCAGGAAACAAUUUUGGAAAAAUUUCACAAAUGGCAAACAUUAUGAAGUUGACAUUCGUAAGUGCAAGUACAUUCUUCAGAAUGCAACGUCACUUUAUUGUUCCAACUGUAGAAUCCUUCUGGUGUCGAAUGAAGCAACACGUUUUAGAGGAACUACAUGGGAAGGAAGUAGUCAUUAUGGGAGAUGGACACAUGGAUGGCCCUGGUCAUUCUGCACAGUAUUGUGUAUACUCAUUCAUGGAUUUAGAAACUAAACAAAUUUUAGCUAUUGAAAUAGUGGAUAAACACAAAAUGCAACUGAACUCCCCAUUUAUUGAGAAGGAAGCCUUUCGAAGAGGAUUACAAAAGUUGUUGGAUGAACAGCUAAUGGUCAAAGAAGUGGUUACUGAUUCACACACUCAAAUCUCUGCUUUGAUAACAAAGAAAUUCCCCUGUGUAAUCCAUUCAUAUGACAUAUGGGGUGGUGCCAAAAAUCUUGGACAUAAAUUAAUUGAGGCUAGCAGACAGAAAGAUUGUCGCCGUCUUUUACAAUGGUGUUCAGAUAUUGUCAAUUAUUUCUGGUUUUGCUGCAAGGAAGCCAAUUCAUAUGAAAAAUUUAUUGGAAUGUGGUGUGGCUUAGUUCAUCAUGUGGUCAAUGAACAUCAGUGGGCUAGUGGAAACGGCAUCAUUGAGGGACGGUGCAAACAUGGUCCUCAAAUGGAUGAAAGAGAAAAGGAAUGGCUAGAAAAGGGAAGCAAACCUCACACUGAAAUGUGCAGAAUAAUUUUGGAUAAAAAGUUUCUGAGAAACAUCCCAUACUUUCUACAGUUUAGAUCCACAUUUGAUCUGGAACAGUUUCAGCAGCAUGUGCAUAUGUAUGCUCCCAAAAGUUUUGAAUACACCUAUCCAGUGUACAGAGCAAGAUGUUUUUUGGCUGCUAUUGAUUACAAUAUGCAUUUGAACCGGCAAACCAUGCACAAUCAACAGAAUCAGUUAAUAUACCGUAGAAUUUACCAUAAGAAGUCUGGGAGAUGGACCUUGGUACCCAAGAAAGAAAAUAAGCAUUAUGUAUAUAUUGAUGACAUAAUGGAAGAGAUAUUUCAACGCCGUUUGGGGAUAUAGCAAGAGAUCCUGAAGGCGAAACUUCUGAAACCAAAUAUUUCAAGACCGAUUACAAAAUGAAUUAUACUAAUUAGCCUCCUUUCUCAAUUAAAAAAAACAAACAAACUUCUCCAGGCUUAUAUUUAUUGGAAUUACCUAUGGUAAUGCUUGGUUGUUUAGGAGGAUAUAGUUAUUUAACCUUUUAUUCUUGGGGAGUGGGAAGUGAACUAUUUGUAUCAGUAUUAAUAUCCAUUUCUCGUGGGACUGGUUUAAUAGCAAGUUAUAAUAACUUGCUAACCUUUUGUGUGCCUGUGU